AUAUCUUGACCUCAGUAAAUAGGAAUAUGACUGACUUCAUUGAAGCGGUAUCCAAUCCAUUGGCACCUGAUGUGUUUGUGGGUCAUGGUGACUUUACGAAUCAAAAACUAUCUAAUAGUGAUUUUCGAAAAUUGUUAAUGACACCUAAGCCAUCAGUACAACCUUCAAAAAUUGAUGAAGUACAUGAAACUGGGACCCGCAUUUCUACUCACCACUUGGAAAGAUCCGAUCGUAUACGCCAAGAUCCUAGUCAAACUAUUCAUCGUAGUAAACAUAAGAUAAGUCACAAGCGUCAUCAUGUUCGUAGCAAAAAAGAUGCUCAAAAAUCAGAUGUUUCUGAAUCAACACAUCGUUAUCGAGAUCGUGCAAAAGAACGACGUGACGGCAAACUAGUUGUUCCAACUGAGGAAGUUGAGGAAGAACGUGAAAUGGAAAAUGAUGAUGAUACUUUAACUCGUACAGCCGACUAUCGUGCUGUUGCACCAUCGUCUGCUGCUGGUGCUUCACAUGCUGAACGUCGUCGAAUGCUUAUACAGGAAUCUAAGUAUCUUGGUGGUGAUAUGGAACAUACUCACUUGGUCAAAGGUCUUGAUUAUGUUCUAUUACAAAAAGUCCGUUUGGAAAUACAAAAUAAAGAAAUUGAAGCCGAACAAGCCCUGGAUACUGAAUUAAACAAACCUGAUAAAAUGAAAGAAAGUACUAAUAAUGAAGAAAGCAUACAAUUUCGUACUCAUCUAGCGGCAAGUAUAUGCAAUGUUAUUUUCAAUGAACGUCUCCCAGAACGUAAUGAAUAUUUUCAACCUGGUCGCAUGGCUUAUCGUAUUGAACUGGAAGAUGAUUCAGUGGAUUUUGAAGUGCCAGCUACAGUGAUUCGUAGCAAAUCUGAUUGUUUACAAAUUGAUGGUCGUGGAACUGGUGCAAUAACUACUAACGAAAUUGUUAUUAAUAAACUUACUCAAAUCUUAUCAUAUUUGCGGGCUGGCAAACGACAUGCAAAGAAGACUAAGCUUAAAGGACGUGUUGCUGACAAAUCUGAAUUUGAUUAUGAAGACAAUCGACAUCUUAUUCAUAAAAUGGCUAAUACUGCUAUAUUUGAAGGUAUCGGAAACGAUUACUUACCGACAACAAAGAAGCAAUGCAAAAGUAACGAUAGGAUGGAUUUACCAUAUGAGGAUUCUAGAGUGUCGAAUUCACGUAAUCGUCUACCCGCUUCUAAUACUACUACAUCUGGUAGUAAUAGUAACACCAAUGCUGAAUCAAAUAGUGCACAAGCAUCAUACUUCGAUAUUCCCGCCAAUGCUGAUUCAGUCACAAAUAAUUCAAUAAGUGCUACUAAAGAAUUUUUAAAUGAAUUAAGUCAACGUUUUGAUGUUAAAGAUGAAAAUAGGUUACAGGAAAAAGCAAGUCUUGAACGAUUCUUUGCUAAAACUCAAGUCACGUGUUACGAUGAAUGUUAUCCCGGUUUCGCUGAAUCAUACGAUGCUAUGGGUGAUUCUGAUGAUGAAGCUGAUUUUAGCAAAAUGGAUUUAGGUAAUAAAAAAGGUCCAGUUGGUCGAUGGGACUUUGAAACACAGGAAGAAUAUAGUGAUUAUAUGUCGAAUAAAGAAGCUUUACCAAAAGCUGCAUUUCAAUAUGGUGUUAAAAUGGCUGAUGGUCGUCGCACACGUCGUAUUGGACCAAAAGAUGAAAAAGCUGAAUUAGAUCGUCAAUUACAAAAAAUACAAUCAAUCAUACAAAAGCGUAAACAAUUAGCUGAAGAUAGUGGUCCAGUAGGAAAAAAUGUCCGAUUUUAAAAAUUGGUAUAAUAUACAUGUACAUUUAUUUAACCUUUGGUUUUUAAUUUGAUUCUACAUGAAAUAACUUUUACAUUCAGAUAUUUAGUUUAUUUUUGCUUGUCGUCCGAUUUUUUGUGAGAUGUUUUAAUCAUUUAAGUUAGAUUGUCGUCAAAAUGAAUUGGAAAUAGUGCGUGAAAGUGAUUACUCACUUCCUUUUUGUCAAAUAUAUAGUUCUACUU